AUGUUUUCGUGGUCAAAGAAAAAAGACAACAAAAAGAGAUCGAGGGGAGGAAAUGACACAGAGGAAAAUGAAUUCGGUAUUAAAUUAGAUAAAGGUCCAUCUGAUAAACAACUGGAAGCUGAGUUGAGAGCUUUAGCAGGGGUUGAAGGAUUUCCCGAUGAAGAUAUCAACUUUAAUGAAGGUGAAGAAGAUGAAGAGACAGAACUUUUACGACUCAUGGGCAAAAAGGUUUCAAGGCCAAGCAAAAAGGCAUCAUCCCCUGAUGAAGCUUCUGAUAUUGAUAUAAUGGCUACUAUAACAGCAGAGAUCGAUUUGGGAGAUGAAGAUAUUGAAGUUGAUGAAAAUGACCCUGAUUUACUCGGAGAGUUAUUAGAACUAACACAGCCUGACGAUGGAGUGGUCUUGGAUGAUAACAAUGAAGAAGAAGACUCAGAGCCUGAGCCUGAGAGUAAUUCAACAAAAGAAGAACCAGAUAUACUGACAACAUUAAAGGACAGGUUAAAGAUGUACAAAACAGCAGAAGCAAAAGCGAAAGAAAAUAAUGAAAGUUCCAGAGCUAGAAGAUUUGGCAGAGGAAUUAAGACAUUAGAAGAUUUGAUUAAAAAAGCAAAGGCUGGAAAAACAAUUUCUCCUUCAGACAUUCCAACAGUAAUAGCAUUAAAUUUGAAACCAGCUCCUCCAGUUCAACCAGAUGUCCAAAAUGAGGGAGAAGGAGAACCUGAAAAUAAUGCAAAUGGCGAAAACUUAAAUGAAAAUAUUUCAAAAGAAAAUUCAAAUGAUUCUCCACCAGAUACCAUGUCACUUUUAUUAGAAAGAUUGAAAAUGUAUCAAACUGCUGAAGCAAAAGCUAAAGAAGGUGGUGAAACUUCUAGAGCAAGAAGAUUUAAUAGAGGAAUUAAAACAAUCGAAGGUCUUAUUAAACUUGCAAAAACAGGUCAGGAUAUUCCAGAAAGUGAUAUUCCUCCAGCUGUAGCCCUUAAUCUAAAACCUGCACCACCACCACCACCUCCAUCAGCUGAUGUAGAAGAAGUAGUUGACAUGGAAGAUGCUGACAAUGAAAUGAAUGCUGACGCUUUGGAUAAUAAUAAUACAAAUGAUGAGGAAUCUGGGGAAAAUGAAGGAAAUAUACUUGACAUUCUAACCGAAAGGCUUAAAAUGUAUCAAACAGCAGAGUCAAAAGCAAAACAAGAAGGAGAAAGUAGUAGAGCUAGAAGAUUUAACAGAGGAAUUAAAACUUUACAAGAUUUAAUCAAAAAAGCAUCAGGUGGUGUUUCUAUCGCUCAAGAUGAUAUUCCACCACCGAUUGCAUUAAAUUUAAAACCAGUGCCUCCUCCUGUUGCAACAAUGGAAGAAGAAGAUGAACCUCAAGGUGUACCAUUAGAAAAUGAAAAUUUAGUUCAAUCGUCAGAUAACACACCUCUGUCUCCUGUAAAGUUUACUUUAGGUGAUGAUGACGAUGAUGAAGACAUAGAUUUAGAUAAUGAAGAAUUAUGGGAAGAAACUCCGAAAACAGUCAUGGAAGGAUUAGAACAAAGAAUUAGAAUUUACACAAAACUUUUAAAUAAAGCAAAAGAAAUAGGAGAUGAAGAAUCGGUUAGCAACAAUGAGAAAAUAAUUCAAAUUUACUUGAAUGCCGUUACCACGUACAAAAAUGGAGGAUACGUCGACGUUUUAAAAUUGCCUACACCAAAAGGAUGUCCACCGAUACCAAUUCCUUUUCACAUCUCUUAA